AUGGCAACGCAACCAAAGAUCCUUCCUAGGGAAGGCCAGAAGAAUAUACUUAUUACCAGUGCUUUACCUUAUGUUAACAAUGUGCCUCAUUUAGGCAAUAUUGUGGGCUCCAUCCUCAGCGCUGACGUUUUCUCAAGAUACCAUAAGGCGCGUGGUCAUCAAACUCUCUUCAUCUGUGGAACGGACGAGUAUGGUACUGCGACAGAAACAAAGGCGUUGGAGGAAAAAGUGACACCAGAGGAACUCUGUGCCAAAUACAACAAAAUCCACAAGGAGGUCUACGAGUGGUUCGAGAUUGGCUUUGAUCACUUUGGCCGGACGCCCACCCAGAAGCACACGGAGAUUUCACAGAGUAUCUUCAAGAGGCUCUACGACAAUGGGUACCUUUUGGAGAGGUCCGCGGAGCAGCCCUACUGCGAAAAGCAUGAGUCAUUCUUGGCUGAUCGCUUUGUGGAGGGCGAGUGCCCGCGGUGCCACUAUGAUGAUGCCCGCGGAGACCAGUGCGACAAAUGCGGCCAUCUACUUGAUCCUUUUGACCUGAUCAAGCCCCGAUGCAAACUCGACGGUGCUACUCCAGUCCGUCGCCCAACGAAACACAUCCACCUCCUUCUCGACAAGCUGCAACCGGAGAUUGAGCAGUGGGCUCAUGCGACGUUCGAAAAAGGUGACUGGCCGAAGAAUUCCAGGGUUAUCACCGAAUCAUGGUUGAAGGAGGGUCUGAAGGAUCGUGGCAUCACGAGAGACCUCAAAUGGGGCGUCCCGGUGCCUCUCGCCGGGUAUGAGAAUAAAGUGCUCUACGUGUGGUUUGAAGCCUGUAUCGGCUAUCCAUCUAUCACUGCUAAUUACACUCCUGACUGGGAGUUAUGGUGGCGUAAUCCAGAGAAUGUGCGCCUUUAUCAAUUCUUGGGCAAGGAUAAUGUUCCUUUCCACAGUGUCAUCUUUCCGGGCACCCAGUUGGGGACAAAAGACAAAUGGACUAUGGUCCACCAUUUGAGUACUAGCGAGUACUUGAACUACGAGGGAGGCAAGUUCAGCAAAUCUAGAGGCAUCGGUGUAUUUGGCAACAAUGCAAAGCAGACGGGUGUGGCUCCCGACGUAUGGCGUUACUACCUUUUGAAGAACCGCCCAGAAACUGGAGACACCCAAUUCGAAUGGAGGUCAUUUGUCGACAGCAACAACAGUGAACUGCUAGCUAAACUGGGCAAUCUUGUCAACCGAGUCAUCAAGCUCGUCACGGCGUCGUACAAUUCCACCGUCCCGGAGUUCACCAUGCCGGAGAGCUUCAAACCCCAUUUGGAUGAUAUUACAACUCACCUUCGCCAGUACAUCGAAGAAAUGGAUGGCGUUCACCUCCGUGCUGGCAUUGCAACCGCGAUGAAACUAGCAGAAGAUGGAAACGGUCUGAUCCAGGCCAACCGUCUUGACAACACGCUCAUUGCUAAUGAUCCCGAGCGUGCCGCGGCGGUCGUCGGCACUGUUCUCAACUUAAUCCAUCUCCUUUCUAGUGUCUUUGCCCCGUACCUUCCGGCGACUUCCAAGUCGAUCUUGGAGCAACUUAACGCGCCGUUCGCUAACAUCCCCUCACCGGAAGAUGUCAAGGACGGCUGGAAGCCUGUGACCAUCAAGCCGGGCCACACGAUCGGAAAAGCCAAGUACCUGUUUUCACGCAUCGACCCAAAGAAAGCGGAUGAGUGGCGCGAUCUUUUCGGUGGCUCGCAGGCCGAGAGGCAGAAGAAGGAAGAGGAAGCUGCCAAAGCCGAGGCCAAAAGAGCGGCUAACAGGGCCAGCAAGGCGAAGAAGAAGGAAAAGAAGGCUAAAGCUGUCCAAGGCGCUCCAGUUGAGACCACGGCCAAAGGAGGUGCGGAAGCUGUCGAAACGACGACGGAGGGUAAGACCGAUGAGGCAGUGGAGAAAGUUACUGAUGGCGUCGCUCAAGUCACGAUCCCAACUUCGUGA